AGCAGGAGGGAAGCAGGGAAGGCGGGGAGGAGGGCGUUGGGCGCUGAGGCCCCACCUUUCAUUCCAGCGAACUGCGCCAGCAGAGCAGCAAUGAGUCACAGGCGCGGGUGCUCGGAUUCCCAUAGGUGAGGGACUAACUCCUCUCUCCGGAAAGAGCAGGGCUUUCCUCGUGGAGUGGCCUCGGCAGGGUGCUGGAGCGCUCGGUCUGCCCGGCCUGGUCUCCAGGGCCGGGACUGGGUUUCCCUCAUGUAUGGCAAGAGCCCUGCGCGUGCUGCGCUUUUUCUCCUGGGCAUACAGCUCACAGUUUUUUGGCCAAUAGCAGCUGUGGAAAUUUACACCCCCCGUGUGCUGGAGGCUGUCAAUGGAACAGAUGUUCGGUUAAAAUGCACUUUCUCCAGCUUUGCUCCCGUGGGCGACGCUCUAACAGUGACCUGGAAUUUCCGUCCUCAAGAUGGGGGGCCUGAGCAGUUUGUUUUCUACUAUCACUUGGAUCCCUUCAAACCCAUGAGUGGGCGUUUCAAGGACCGGGUGGUCUGGGAUGGGAACCCUGAGAGGUAUGAUGCCUCCAUCCUCCUCUGGAAGCUGCAGUUUGAUGACAAUGGGACGUACACCUGCCAGGUGAAGAACCCACCUGAUGUUGAUGGUCUGAUAGGGGAGAUCCGGCUCAGCGUUGUGCACACUGUACGCUUCUCUGAGAUCCACUUCCUGGCUCUGGCCAUUGGCUCCGCCUGUACACUGAUGGUCAUAAUAGUAAUUGCGGUGGUCCUCUUCCAGCAUUUCCGAAAAAAGCGAUGGGCUGAAAGAGCUCAUAAAGUGGUGGAGAUAAAAUCAAAAGAAGAGGAAAGUCUCAACCAAGAAAAAAAGGCCUCUGUUUAUUUAGAAGACACAGACUAACAUUCUUAGAUGAAAGCUGAAGAUUUCCAAGAACAAGAACCCUAAGAUAAGUGAAGCUAAUGGAAGCUUUACUUUGGCUUUUCCAUUGUGACCCGUCUUCCAGCCAGCUCAGCAGUAUAUAACUACCUAGACAAGCAACACUCCUCUGGAGCCAGCAUUGGGCCCUUCUUGAGCAGAUACCACCAGAUCCAUAUAUAGCCCUGUUACUAAGGUUCUGUUUAAUUUCAGAGUGCAAAUAUUUUUCAAAUGCUCAUUAGUUUUUGUAUACUAAGCAGCUACAUUUUUGCCCUUAAAUACUCCUUGUGGAUUAUGGCUUAUAUACACAUAUAUUGGCAUCAAAUGGGAUAAAAGCCAAUUUGUCAGAACAUUUCCUUUAAUAUAUUAAUUUCUUAGGGCAGCAUUCUUGUUACUAAAAUUAAUGUGUUUCCUUCUCACACUCUCAAUUAAAAGGUGAGCUAAUUCUCCCAGCUGUUUUUGAUUGAUUAACAGAACAUCCUAAAUUCAAACUGUUAAAGAACAGUUUGAUUUUUAUGGCUCUCCUUAAGUAUGGGACACAUCUUGUUUAAUUGAAUUUUUUUCAAUAUCCUAGAUGGUAGGUUUUUGGUUUUUUUUUUUUUGUCUUUGUUUUUUGUUUUUGGUCAAGUGAUCCAAGGUUUACAACAGCACAAGUCUACACCAGAAUAAUAGGGAAGGGUACAUAAAUGCUAAUAGACUGACAAAUAUCGUCUCAAGAUGAAUUGCUUGUUACCUUUUUUCUGUACUGUGAAAGGCAAUCAAUAGCACAGAUCUUUCACGAGCAGUGAAUGACUGUUUAGCUUAUUAUGUUUUUUCCCUCAAUUCAGUUAUCUAUAACAACAGAGCAAAGUCAGUGCUCAUUUGUAGACUGGAAUAAUUAAGCAGUUAAAAUGAAGGAUUCUGAAAUAGUAAUAUAUUACAAUUAAAAAAUUUAGGGCUGGUGAAAAAAAAUCAACCCUAAAUGAUGAUAAUUUUGUAUAGUGUUAUACAAAGCUCUGAGAAUUGCAAGAUAUUAUUUAAAUUUUCCUUCUCUUCCCUUCCCUUCCCUUGCCCUUCUCUUCCUUUUCCCUUCUCUUUCCUUUUUUCUCUUUUUUUUUUUUUUGUCUUAAUUCACUUGCUUGUUUCAGGGGAGGAAGGAUUUGGUAUGGCGACAAAGAAAUACCAAAACUAACAGAAUGAAACCAACUUUAUUCUUUUUGUCCCUUACACAGGUAGAUAAAAGAAAUUUUAUAAGUGGAUUACAGAAAGAAGAGUGCUUUUAAAAAAGUGUCUAGUUUCCCAGUGUCUUUCCAGAUUAAUGCUACAGGAGCAUUUAUUCAAAGAACUGAAAACAUCUAAAAGUUUAGGCACUCCCUCCCCCCAAAUCUUUACAGCUUGAUAUUUUCAGUUUUCACCAACUGGGCUGAAGAUGUUAUUUCUUUUAACAAACUGGAAUUUCUAAAUUGGUUUUCUGUAUUUAAAACUGCUGAACUUUGAUAUUUUUCCCAAUACUUAAAAAAAACUGGUAUAACUUACAUAUGAACCCUGAUUCUGAAAUAUAUUUUAUACUUAUCUCAUUUUGCCUUUUAUACUAUUUAAAAAGUAAAGUUUCAAUACACAGUUUUGAAACUAAAAAUUAGAUUCAAGUCUAUAUUACCUUUCAUUCACAUUUUCUAUUUUUCCUCUGUAAUUCAGCCUUUGAAAAGAUUGUAACUGGAUAUUUCUUCAAACAGCCUGGAUGAUGUUCCAUAAUUGUAAAGAAGUAGUUAAAAACUCAAGGAAAGUCUUUCCAGCAAAACCUGUAGCUUGUGUCUUGGCUAAAUACUCUAGGGUUAAUAUAGCCCUGCUGUUCAGUGUCUUCUUAAAGAGAACUUUUGUAUUGUAAUUUAUUUUUUAUUGUGUCUUAAACACUUAUGUAAAUAACCUUCAGUAAUAAAGAAUUACCAAUUAUAUAA